AUGGACGAGUUACAGGAUGUUCAAGUGUUUAAGAAUAAUGAUCGGCUACAGGCCGAGCUAGCGCUGCUCAUAGAACAGCUAAAAGUGACCCAAAAACUGGAAAACUUGCUGGAUGACGACAAGCGCAUCAUUUUCCAAUCGGUUGCGACCAAAAUUGACGGUAUUAUCAACCAGUACGAGCCGCAGCCGCAGCUCCUUGAAAAACGGCUAACAAGUCAUUUGACUCCCUUGCAAGGUUUGUUCUUGACUAGUGCAGUCGCCGAAGAACACGUCGGCUCGAUCAUCUACACUUUUGCAAAGAUUUGCGGCUUCAAAGUGGUGAUCUUGCAUUUCCCAACGGAUACAUCGCUCGUCGACACCUUGAUUGAGAAAUGCCAGCGACUGAGCAAAGACUCAACUAAGUUUGCAUGUCUCUUGUGGAUGUGCAACUUGGUUCUAAUCCCAUUUCCGUUAAACUCGAUAAGCUCUACUUUGGGUGCCAGGAUGCUAGCGCAAGCGAUGGAGAAUCUCAAGAAGUAUACAAACUGUUCCAAGGUCCAAGUAGUCUCGCUGAUCUUUGUUUCUAGAUUGUUGACGCGUCCCGACUGUCAGGAUAUGUUGGAGAGCUAUUUGCGCGAAACUGAGACAAACUGGUUUGAGACGGACUCGAAUGCGAAAUUGGGCCACUUGUUGGUGAUAAACAAGUUGCUCAAGAGAACUGACUUGAUCGACGCCUACUUGCAAAGCUUACUUGACUGCAUUACUGGCGACAUUUUGUCCAGCUUGCCGCUGUUGAAUACGGUGUAUGUGACCAAGAUUUUGAGCAAAUUGGCGACGACGUGUAUUCGUCGACACGAUUAUGAGAUGGGUUCUCGCAUAAUUAACUUGAUUUUCAAUAACAUCUUACUUGGGGACGUGGUGACGCUCGACACCAACUCAAGAUACGCCGUGGCCAAAGCAUUGACUGGGAUAGUUGGCCAACUCGCAACAGUUGCCGUGAAUUACCAAAACCAGCUCGUGAGCUUUGUUAUUUCUGCCAUAGACCUGGAGUUGGACUCGGACAUGGAGAUGGAGAAUGUCAAUAUCCCCAAAACGCAGAUCCUAUUGUUGUCCCUUGGCUUUAUGGCGUUGCAAAAGAAACUACCGCAAAUAUACAAAGAGGAGUGUCUUGCCAUAGCGCGACGAUUCUUGUUUUUCAAAGUACGCAAGGGAACAUUCGUUAUAGGAACACAGUUGCGUGAUGCGGCAUGUUUCCUAAUCUGGGCAAUUCUCAGGAACCUUAGGAACCUCAAGACUUGCCCGCCUGUGAUGAAAUUUGUCUUUACGGACUUGAUCAAGGUCUUGGUAUUUGACAGCGAGCUUCUUUUGAAACGAUGCAGCCGCGAGGUCAUUUUAGAGAUUUUAGGAAGACUUGGAAACCAACUAGUUCCUAUUCAAGAUGCCCACGCCAGAGGCGAGUUUAUUGUAAGAUUUGUGGAGAAGCUAGGCGAUUUGCAUCUCAAUCAAAAAGUCUGCUAUGAAUUUAUGGACAUUUUCCACCUGGUGUUUGAUUUGAGUUUUUUCAUCGAACCGCUUGUUGAACUGAUUUGCGAGGAAGACGACAACGGAGACGGGUCAUACUUGAAUAUGUUGCUUGAGCAAACUAACCCAAAGAUAAGCUUUAUACCAAAGUGUGAUGAGAUCCCUUUGUCUCUAAUUGAAGAAAAGUUGAUCAAUGCAAAAAGGUUGCACAUUUUCCACGCGGUGACAAAGUUGCGCGGCCGAGUUGAUGAAAUAUUUCAAAAUUUCAGGCUAAACUCUACCAGUGUCACCACUAAUUCCGACGCAAUCAAAGGUUACUUGAUCUAUUUGAGUCUGCAGCAGCAGCAGCUCACGAAGCUGCAGUGGCAGCCCAUUCUCCGCAUUCGGGAAAACACGGCCCUUGUCAAUGAAAUUAGAGCCGUCUUAUCGGCACAGCAAACUAUCCCAUUGAAGGAGAUUAUUGACGAACUUGGCAAAAAUCAGGUGCUUUCAAAGACCAUUUUCGAUUUCAAACAUUUCACCCACGAGCAGUUUUAUGCGAUUGUCGACGUGAUCAAGAACCCUAGCGUGCAUGCCACCAUCAGGGCCAACUUGAUUGAAAACCUAAGUGAAAACUACACCUCGAGAUACGACAUUGCGGAGCUACUCGACCUCUUUGACGACUACACCACGACUGAACAAGGCGAUGUGGGUUCAAAGAUUCGUAUUAAUAUGAUCAAGCUCGUUUCGCGCAUCAACUUGAUGAGUCAUGAGAUCAAGCUAAAGUUGAUUCGUUUAAGUGGUGAGCUCAUGGAUCGAAUACGACGGCUUGCUUUCCAAACGCUCACUGGAAAGCAGUUUACUUGGACAGCAUGGUUUGAGUAUUACCAAACUCUUCCAAAACAUGAUGAUGGUGAUGAAGUGAUGAGGUUGGAGGCAUGGCGGGGAUUGGUUUUUGCAGCCGGAUCAACAGUUGGCGACACAAGGGUCAUCAACGAGGCCUUUAAGGAGUUGCUCCAAUAUGGCCCCACGGCAUCAGAUUUCCGACUCUUGAUGGCUUUGUUGGCCAAACCAACGAAUGGAAGAGCAGUGGGGUGGGGGUCCAGAGCUUUGAAAGGCGUUCAAGUGACCUUGCAGCUAGUGUUGAAGUUUUUCGAGGCAAAUUACCACUUUGAGGAGCUUAACUACAAGGACCUCUACGUGAAAACCUACAACUGGCACAUCAACACGUCAAACUUGGCCAGAGUCAAAACGGUGCUUCAAAUUUUCUAUCAUAUUUCAAUUAGAUCCCCAGAAUUGAAGAGGAGGAUAUAUGACCGGUUUCUAUGGAUAAUUUGUAAUCGCAAGGACGACAUUCGGGUCUUUGUGGGGGAAGUGAUUCUUUUCAACGUUGUGAAUGAUUUGGGAGCUGAAGACUUGUUUGCUAGGUAUGAGCAGAUUGACUGGUUUGAUCCAGGUUCAGAGGUUCAAGAGUUUGUAAAACAAGUUCUUAAAUGA